ACCAAUUAAACAAACCAAAACCAAAACCAAAACCAAAACAUACGUGUGAAAAACCAAAACACAUGGCUUAGCACCCAAGUCUCAUAUGCAUACAAUACAUUCUUGUCAUUGUGAAGAAAGAAAAGAAAAGAAAAUAUAGUACUUUGUUAUUUAGAGGGAGAAAGUGUCUUUCUGUCUGUGUGUGUGGAGAGAGAGAGAGUGAGAGAGAGAGGUGGAAUGGAGGAUGAUCGGAUAGCACCAGGUUUCAGAUUCUACCCUACUGAGGAAGAACUGGUUUCAUUCUAUCUGCAAAAGAUGCUUGAAGGAAGGAGACAAGACCUCGACCUCGUCAUACCGGUCCUCUACAUUUACGAUUUCAAUCCAUCGGAUCUCCCUCAAUUUGCAGGAGAGCUGUGUCGCAAAGACCCCGAACAGUGGUUUUUCUUCAUUCCUAGACAAGAGAAUGAAGCCCGCGGAGGAAGACCAAACCGGCUCACAACUUCAGGGUAUUGGAAAGCUACUGGCUCUCCUGGUUACGUCUUCUCUUCUCAGAACCGAAUCAUCGGUAUGAAGAGCACCUUGGUGUUCUACAAGGGAAGAGCUCCUUCCGGAAGAAAAACUGAAUGGAAGAUGAAUGAGUAUAGGGCCAUUGAAGGAGAACCUUCAUCAUCAAUCACUACAAUUCCACCGUUAAGACAAGAGUUCAGUUUGUGCAGAGUGUACAUAAAAUCAAAAUGCAUGAGAGCAUUUGACAGGCGACCAUCAGCAGCGGCGACAAGUGAUGCAGUGGUGGUUGGGCAAGUUCACCAUGUUGGUGGUGGUGGUGAUCAUGAAGCAACAACUUCUUCUAAUCAUCACAACAGUCUAGGGAUUGAGAGAACAACCUCAACAGAGAGCUCCUCAGGAGGGGGAGGAGGAGGAGGAGACCAUACAAAUCCUUCUCAGACUUCAACAAGUGAUCAUAACUGGGAUGUGGGUGGUGUUGACAAUGAGGCUCUGUGGGAUUGGGAACAGCUUGAUUGGCAGUUCUGACUUCUAAAACCAAGAAAUCAGAAAAUAAAAUGGCAAAGGAUAUCUGAACUCCGAAUGCUCAAGAGAACUACAAGGAUGAGAAUAUAGGAGCAAAACAAAAGGGAGAGUUUAUGGAUCCAGGAAUAUGAACUAGGAAUAUUGAACUAGAAAAGUGAUGUGUAGUUGAGAUCAAUUCUUUACAUGGUGGGUCUAUCUGUGAAAUUAAUCUUAACUAUUAAAUUAAUGUGUUUCGUGAAUAUUUUUCUAUGACUUUACAACUCCUUCAAAUAAAAUUCAGAGAGCUUAGUUCAA